UGAAGAUGCAACGUCUCGGUCGCCGGCGUCUAAGCUCGACGGCCGCGCCGUGGUUCAAGGACGGCCUCGCCUUUAGUUGCACCAAGUGCGGCAACUGCUGCUCUGGUCAGUCCGGCUCGGUGCGCUUCAACGACGACGAAGCCGCCACGAUGGCUGCAAAGGUCGGCGAGACGGUCCCGGCCUUUCUCGACAAGUACACGCGCCGACAAGGCCGGGGCAACCUUUCGUUCUACCAGCUCAAGGAGGUGCGCAAGAAUAAAGACGAUGGCUUCGACUGCAUCUUCCUCGACCGCAAAAAGAUUCGCGGCAAGGCUGUCUGCAGCCUCUACGACGCGCGGCCGACGCAGUGCAGGACGUGGCCCUUCUGGCCCGAGACGCUCGAGACCCGGGCGACGUGGGAAAAGACUAAAGACUCGUGCCCAGGUAUCAACAAGGGCACGAAGCAAUCGACAGACGACGUCUCGGCCAAGGUCGCUGCGACAGUCGCAUGGCGCCGCAGCCUCCAGUACAAGGCGCCACUCAAGCGCGGCAGCCGCGCUGCCCCAGCAGUUGCAGUUGACACCAAGGUCGCAGCUGAGUAGAUUCGGUCAUCGUCCAUUGCAGUAGAGAAUAGAGAGCACCAAGGCGAUUUUGAAUGAUAACAAGCUAGGUUCAAUUCCCA